GCUCCUCCCCCUCAUCAAUUCUUCAAUUCUAAUUUCUUCAUCCAUAUCUUUUUUCUUCUUCAGCUCUACCUUCCUUAAAGAACCUUGAGCCGACAACACAGUCACUCUUCCCAAUGGACAAACUACCCAAAUGCGAUGCCAACUAUGUUCCCCUUUCUCCUCUUACCUUCUUGUACAGAGCUGCGGCUGUCUACGGAAGCCGCACCUCUGUCAUCUAUGGCGGAACCCGUUUCACCUGGAAGCAGACCCACGAGCGAUGCCUCCGUUUGGCAUCUUCUCUCCGGCUGCUGAACAUCAUAUCCAAGAAUGAUGUGGUAUCAGUGCUGUCGCCCAACGUUCCAGCUCUGUAUGAGAUGCACUUUGCUGUGCCCAUGGCUGGAGCCGUGCUGAACACCAUAAACACAAGGCUCGAUGCCAAAAACAUUGCCACGAUUCUCAGGCACUCCGAAGCCAAAGCCUUCUUCGUCGACUACCAGUAUGUGCCAUUGGCAAGGGAAGCACUGAAGCUGCUCAUGGCAGACUGCAGCCACGAAGCUGAAUCGUCCCUACCGUUAGUUAUAGUCAUCGACGACAUUGACUCGCCAACAGGAAUCCGCCUGGGCGAGCUCGAGUACGAACAGCUAAUCCAGAUGGGCAACCCUGAGCAUCCACCGCAUCAACUAAAGGAGGAAUGGGAUCCCAUAGCACUGAAUUACACAUCUGGGACGACCUCCGCCCCAAAGGGAGUAGUCUACAGCCACCGAGGCACCUAUCUGAGCACCCUCAGCCUCAUCCUACAAUGGGAAAUGGGGAGUGAGCCAGUCUAUCUGUGGUCACUUCCCAUGUUCCAUUGCAACGGGUGGACUUUCACAUGGGGCGUUGCAGCUCGUGGAGGCACCAACGUAUGCAUUCGCAACACAUGCGCCGUGGAGAUGUACCGAGCCAUCGCGGAGCACAGAGUAACGCACAUGUGCUGCGCGCCUAUCGUCUUCAACAUCCUGCUUGAGGCACGGCCCGAGGAGCGCCGAGAGAUAGCCUCCCCAGUGCACAUACUCACCGGUGGAGCACCACCUCCGGCGCCACUUCUUGAGAAGAUCGAACGGCUUGGCUUCCAUGUCACUCACGCCUACGGCCUCACAGAAGCUACAGGGCCUGCACUGGUGUGCGAGUGGCAGGCAAAGUGGGAUCGGUUGCCACGUGAACACCAGGCCAAGUUGAAGGCGCGCCAAGGCAUAAGCGUUUUAACUCUGGCUGAUGUUGAUGUCAAAAAUGAUAUGGAGACCAUGAGAAGCGUCCCAAGAGACGGACAGACUGUUGGUGAGAUUGUGCUACGAGGAAGCAGCAUCAUGAAGGGCUACUUCAAGGACCCGGAGGCCACGUCCAAAGCCUUCCACAACGGCUGGUUCCAGACGGGCGAUGUGGGUGUGAUCCACCCAGAUGGAUACCUGGAAAUCAAGGACCGAUCCAAGGACGUGAUCAUCUCCGGUGGCGAGAACAUCAGCAGCGUGGAGGUGGAGACGGUGCUGUACAAGCACCCAAAAGUGUUGGAGGCCGCCGUCGUUGCAAUGCCGCAUAACCGGUGGGGCGAGACGCCCUGCGCAUUCAUCACCCUCAAGAAGGGAGCAGAGAGAUCAGAGGAAGCAAUAAGAGAAGCAGACAUCAUCGCGUAUUGCCGCAACAAUCUCCCCAAAUUCAUGUCCCCCAGAAAAGUAGUGCUCAUGGAGGAGCUCCCCAAGACAUCCACCGGGAAGAUUCAGAAGUUCCAGUUGAGGGAAUACGCUAAAUCUUUCACCAUUGUUGAGCCUACUCCUCAGAGCACAGCAGAGUCUUCUCAAGGCAAGACCCAACGGUCCCACUAUAAACAUCAGCCUCAGGAACAAGUUCUAGCAAUGUCUCGUCUUUAGUUAACUGUUUAGAAUUAAUUUUGAGGAAUUAAUCAUCAUGAGUCUUAUCGUUUAAGCA